AUGUUGGUUUUACGUGAUGCUUUAAUGUCAACAGAAACAAGUACAAUUCAAGUAUCAAUAAUCGAUAUUCGACCUUCGUAUCAACACGAAAACCAAAAUAUGACUAAAACAGCAACAUCUAUUUUGAUUGGUGAUACAAGUAGUACUGAUUAUUUGGUAGUAAUUGAUUUAAAAUCAGAUACUAUUGAUAUGGAUAAAACAUAUGUAACGAGUGAAGUAAAGUCAAAACAAUUCAAUGGAUUUACAAUUAUGUGUACAACAAUUGAUACCAACAUUUCUUCGUCAACGAUAGAUGUUAUUCCAAAUAUUUCUGAUGUUUCAACAACAUUAGCGAUAGAUCUAACUGAUCAUAAAACCAUUACGACAACAAUCGGUGAAUUAGGAAAUAUUCAACGAACAAAUGCUUGUUUAACAUGCAAAGGUGAUCUUGUCGAUGUGAUCGGCACUUCGAAUUUAGCCUAUUGCUCAAAAUAUCAUCGGCAUAGUUUUAAAAAAAAUAUACGUCGAAACAUUUCAACAACAUUUGUCGUACCCAUUGGGUGA